AUGCACUCGCGUCGACCCGAGACUUUGAAGAUUGACAUCCCCAAGUGUAGGGGGGUCGAAGAAGACUCCCUCUUGAGAUGGUUCGUCGAAUUGGAUGACGCCAUAAGGGCGCGUCGCAUCGACGACGGGGAUAUGCAAGUUGCAUUUGCCCAGUCAAAUCUGGCAGGACGUGCCAAGACUUGGGCACUGGGGCUCAAGUUGCACGACCCAUACGCGUUUGGGUCGUUAGAAGUCUUCAAGACGUGGCUCAGACAAACGUUUGAACCGCCUAGAGCUGAGUUCAGAGCUCGAACCGAACUCUUGAAGCUCAAACAGGGUAAGCGUGAUGUGCACGCUUACGCGCAACAUAUACGACAUCUCACGAGUUGUAUAAGUUCCAAUCCGGUGGAUGAACACCCGUUGGUUUUGGUGUUCAUGCAGGGUCUUGCGGAUGGUCCCGUCAAGACUCACCUGUUCCGGCUUGAACUAGAUUCACUAGAACAAGCCAUUUCCAUUGCGGAGCAGGAAGACUUCAGUCUGAGACAGGCUCGUGCCAGCUCAACAUCAUAUCGUCAACCGAGACGAUAUGACAACGGAGGUCCAGAGCCGAUGGAACUCUGUUAUGUAGAGAGCGAGAAGGCUCGCUCUACAGGCUACAAGAAGUUGCAGAGAUGCAACAGAUGUCAAAAGACAGGACACUACGCUUACGAGUGUAGUGCCCCUCGUCCAGUGUCUCGCGAUACUGGGCGUAGUGACCGUCCACCCGUGAGAAAGGGGCAGGGACGAGGGUCCGCAGUUGGUGCAAAGACGCAACAACGGGAUGGACCGUCAAAAAAACGGACAGGAUCAGUAGGUGCGGAGCACCCUACUGGUCUAGCAACGUCAAGAGAAUUUGUAGGCCUCUUGAUGAAGGUUGCUCCCAACACACAAACGUUGUGCGUUGCUGCUCUAGGUAAUGAGGUCUCACUCAUUACCUUGAAACUCGAAGUGACGAAUAAGUUGUCCUUUCGAGCUCUAGUCGAUUGUGGGGCGUCCAACAAUUUUGUGCGACGCCAAUCGCUAGAAGAUGGUCACUUUAAAUUCAGUGAAUGUGACACACCUCCUACGAGGAUGACGGUACGUCUUGCGACAGGCGCAUCCGUAACCGUCAUGAAGCGUAUAGUGAAGAUCCACUAUACGCUAGAAGAUACCCAAUAUGACGAUGACUUUAUCGUAUUGGAUUUGGAUGACAAAUUUGAUGUCAUCCUUGGAAUACCGUGGCUCAGAAGGUACGAACCACGGGUAAACUGGCAACAUCGGACAGGAACGAUGCCUGCCGCUUGUUCAUCAGAUGGCCAUCUGAUGAACGUUUUGGAGCGUCCACAAGCUUGUGGAUGUACUAUGAGUGAGUGCGAUGGCCUCACUUGUGGUACGGUCGUUAGUACGACUGCACAAAACCUUAGUGUAACAAACGGUUACACUUCGGAGCAAAGUUCCGGCGGCUGUGAGGAAACACAGGCUGCGCCGAAGGUCCACCACUCGAAUAAGUCGGGUGGACUGGGACAAAGAUGUAUCCCUAGCGGGGAACAUCCAGAAGAGAAACAAUCGAUCGCUCAGUUAAGCGAAACGAUAAUCCUAGAUCGACUGGAGAGUCUUUCGUAG